AACUUUUGCAUCAUUUCCCUGACGGUCGGCACGGAGAACGGACGGCUCUCGCGACACACACGAACCCUCGGCGCACGACGAACAUUGCUUGCUGCUUUGCUCUGGUUCCUUUUCUUCUCCAUCCGCGGCACAGGAGGGCACAGGGGCAGGUUGGCGUCGAUUCCCGCGAACGGACGGACGGAGUGCGUGUGCGUGUCAUUAAAGUUGUUGACAAUCCGAGCUUAGUCCGAGUAAGAAGCAAGAAAGGCGUGCGUGCAAUUUUUUCUCGUAUUCACUUGGUCCUGCUAGAGAAGGAAUUAGCAGGAAUCUACGGGAGCAAUUUGAGAUAGAGCGUGUGGAGGUGCAACUGAUUAGUGAGAUUUUAGCGAACUUUUUUUUUUGUCUAGUGAAUGCAAAACUCGUGAAUUGUGCACAAGAACACACAGAAAAAUGGCUGAAUUUCCUGAGGUGAUUGAACUGAACGUCGGCGGUAGUCACUAUACGACUGGUUUGGCCACACUGAGGUCGGAGGAUGGCUCACUGCUGCAGGAGCUGUUCAGUGGCAGUCCGCAUGAUAUGCCUCGUGACCGGGACGGCCGUUUCUUUAUCGACCGCGAUGGAGUGCUGUUCCGGUUCGUGUUGGAUUACCUGCGAGAACCGGGCAAGUUCAAGAUGCCAGCGGAAUUUCGUGAACGCGAUCGGUUGCGAAAGGAAGCGGAAUAUCUGCGGUUGGGCGGAAUGAUCGAAGCGGUCACCAAGGAUCCGGGCUGUAUCACGAUCGGCUAUCGAGGCAGUUUUCAGUUCGGCCGCGAUGGGCUGGCCGAUGUGAAGUUUCGCAAAAUUACUCGCCUGCUUGUUCACGGACGGGUCGCCGUUUGCCGGGAAGUGUUCGGGGAUACGCUUAAUGAGUCCCGGGAUCCGGAUCACGGCGGCCCCGAUCGGUACACGGCACGGUUCUUCUUGAAGCACGUGUUUAUCGAGCAGGCGUUCGAUAUGCUACAGGAGAAUGGCUUCCGGUGCGUUGGAAGCUGUGGUUCCGGUACGGCCGGAUCAGUGACGGAGAACCUGAAACCGGGCGUGGAUGCCGAGGAAAACCGUUGGAAUCACUACAAUGAGUUUGUUUUCCUACGCGAUUAAGCGUUACUUUGCAUUUGAAUUCGAUUAGCCGACCAAGAAAAAGCAGAAGAAGAAGAAAACGAAGAAGAAGAAGAGAAUGGAAUGUGAAUUUUUUUGUACAGUUACCAUGUGAUACAAAGAUCGGAGUUGUCGGUUGGAUGGCAACUCGCGAGUGCAGAGAUUAAGCAAAAGUUUAUUGUGAUGUUCGGUUAACUAGUUUGGUUCCAAACGGAGAAAUAUAGUAGAAUAGAAAAAAAAAACGCGUGAGGCACGCAUCGAUUUCGCCGACGACAACGACGACGACGACGGAGGUUCAAAAGGUUCGGCAAACGUCGGAAGUGGUGGUGAUAACUUAUUGAAAUUUACGGCCAGAACAAUCAAACGACAGAAUCCGGAGCGAUCGGAGGUUUUUCGCUCCCCCAACCGGGUGGAAAGCCAUCGCCAAUGGCGGCCGAAUUGCUUUUGCAGCCCCUUGGAAGUGUUGCGUGCCGUGAUUGGACCGAUUGCUCGAGCGGAAAAGCGUGACGUGACUGUCGACGACGAAAUCGAUGCGCUUUCAGUUCCGGCGACAAAAAACAGUAAGCAAGAACCAAAACAACAACAACAACAACCAAGAAAAAAAACUCUUUCCUGUUCGUGUACAAUCAGUUGUUUUCAAGCGAGGAAGCAAAAAAACAGUUUUUUUCAAUCAUCGAGUUACCCACCGAACUUAGUUUAAUAUUGUCAAAGCAGGCGGCGAUCAGUUGAAGUCGAAGAUCAGGUUUAGGUUGCCCAGAGAUCAGACUUGGAAAAAAGAAAUUAUCGAAGAAAAAUAGUGUUUUAGAGAGAAUUCGAGCAGAGCGUGCGAUACAAACGGGUAUUCACUGUAACUUCCACAAUAUUUAGGAACUACUAUAAAUAUUUAUAUUGUUGUCUAUUAUUCGACUCCCCCCUUUCUCUUAUAGUCGACUUUGAUUCUUUAGAGAAUUUACUGUUGAGAAAAUCAGCGCAGAAAAUUAGGCCCCUCAGAAUCUCGCACGGUCUCAAAAAGAAGCAAAAAAAAAAAAAACGGUGGAAAGAAAUCUCCACGUUUUACUGCGUCAUAAAUCAAACCGUUAAACGAAGCUGCGAACGACCAAAAAUCUCGAUUGCGAUCGACGUUUCCUGAUGGAAAAUCCGGUUUUGAUGUGCUCGCAUAAAAUUGCACCGAAGAAAAAAAGCGUAGAUUCUGAGAUUCCGAACCAAAAAAAAAAGAAAGAUGUUUAUACUUACUCGUAUAUGCCAAACAGGUACCAUAUAAAGCGAAAAAAAAAACACUCUCUCCCUCUGUAACAAACCGUAAAUAACAAUUAGGGCGCUAAAAGCAAACUUUCACCUGCACGACGCACCUUCCCUAGUCCAUCGCACGUCCGGGAAUAGAAAGAAAAAAAUAAAUAAAACGCAGAAUCUAUCACACUGACGGUAAAUCCCUUUUCUGUUUCACCCGCCGAGCAAAACAGAAGCGAAAAGAAAAAUCGUAGUAGCCAUGCCAAGUUUCCUCUUCUUCGGCACGAGCCCCAGCAGAAGCAACACAAACGAGAAAAAAAAGAACGCGCUGCUCCACCGCCGUCAUCUUGGGAGGGAACUGUCACCUGUUAAUCCUGCGAACAAGAGAUAGAAAGCUGCCUCCUUUUUUUUCUUCUCCAAUGUUGUCUCAUUCCAGUGUGUGUGGGGGUGUGUACCCCAACUCACCUCGGGUUAGACGCAUUUCACAGUCGCAUACCGGAGAGCCCUCCUGCUGGGGAAUGGAAUGUGGUCCCGAUCCUCAUAUGUUGCGAUGCAGACGAAUAGGGUGGCGAAGGUAUUUAACUCCUGCCCGCCCCCCAUUUUCAUUGUUGGUUGUUGGUCGGGCAAGGGGGGUUGAUGGCCGUUGGAGGGUUGGUUAUGGUAUGCUCGGAGAAUUUUAGGGUUUUAUGAACCUUUACGUUUUGGGUGAGUUGGGAAAAGCUAAAGGUGUUUUUUUUCUGUCGCGGUGGAAUGAGACCAUCUGCUAUCGAGUGAAAACACUUGAAAGAAUGGUGGUUUGAAAAGAAAAAAAGAAAGAGAAAUCGUGUCAAUAACUUAUCGUUAUUGAUGCCUCGCCUGCUGCGAAAUGUGUCGAUAAAGAAGGGAAAGUCAUUGACAGACGCUAUAGCGUAUAGAUAUGUGCAACAGUCAGUCGUACGAUUUAAUUUGUCUUGGUUGACGGGAAUGAAAACUGCCAGACAAAUUGUAUUGCAAUGGUGGUAAGGUUCAUCACGCGGCAGACAAUGGUUUUACUUACGAUAGGCUUCAGUUUGUUGUAAAUAUUCAACAUUCUCCUAAUAAGAAUGUCAUUGCUGACUUUUGACUAACAAAAAUGGACUAUCAAGUAUGGGCAUGGGCAAUUCCCAUUUGAAUGCUCGAAUAUAAACUCUGGAUUGACGCCUGCCGUCAUAUCUGUCAAAUUGUACCGUAAAGUUGUGAAAAUCGAACGCCGGUAAUCGAAAGUCGUCGGCUCAAAGUCGACAGUUGGAAGACGAAACUGAAAUUCAAUACUUGAAAUUUUGGCACCGAGAUUCUAAAAAGAAUCUGAAGUCAGUUUCAGAUUGACAGCCGAUUUUUGACAGUUUCGUGACUAUUAUUCAGGCAUGCCUGAUAACUCUCCACGAAAAGGUAUCUUCACACAUUAGAAAAAUGGAAACAGAAACAUAAAUCUACAAAACGAGUCGGCUGUUCUCUGAUGAAUGCACAAAAAAAUUUACCGAUUUAAUCAAGGACAGUAUAAUCCAAGUAAAGUCGAUUGAUUGCCCCGUUAAGACAGAGCUUUUAUACACAUACCCCAUAGUCAUACAUAUGUGUUUCUGAAAUGUCAAAUUGUGCUCAAAAUGGCGAAGAACCAAAAAAUAAAACAAGCAACUGAUCCUAUUCAGAAUAGCGGACCGAAAAGUAUAAGAAAUAGUGCCUGAACAUAGUGAUUUCAAUUUAACUUUUCACUAAUUUGCCACUGUCAAAAAGUAUGCUUUUCGAUCAAGACAGUGGUGGUCAAACGUUCAGUGGUAGUAACCACCAAUGUCGAAAGGUAUAUUUUCGUAAUGGCAGAUCAAAAUGCGUUCAGUGCAUUGGAAAAGGGUACACUUUUCACAUGAAAUAAGACGAAGUUCUAUAUCAAAAUGAAAAUAAUCCUGAAAUGAGUUCAAAACAGCGGAAAACGCUGAUUAGGGCCAGGAAAGAAAAUAAAUGAGUUCAGAAUGACGACAGAACGCAUCUGAGUGCUAGAAAUGCUAUAAAAAUCAUGACAAUUUCAUUCCAGUUGGCGAAAAAACGCUUCCAGACUCCAUCAACGGCAACAUAAAAAAUGAAAAAUGCUUCUAAAGAGAAGAAAAGCCUGUAAGAAGGUUCUUAAUUGUGUUCAGAAUCCGAGACUGACUUCCACGGAUCCAAUAGAGUCAACAGCAAAUCAUCUCAAAUUGAGUGAAGAAUAGCAACAAGUUUUCAGACAAGCGUUUGAUUUUAUCAACCUCAACUGGAAUACUGAUAUGUUUUAAACCCGUUCUCAGCAUUGCUUUCUGAGCAAAAAACAAACGAAGGAAUGGCUGGUUAAGUGCUACGGGUUCCUGCUAAUUCAACCAAAAGAUAGUUUGGUAGGGAAACAAAAAAAAAUCGCGAAAUCGUGCGAAAUAGUCCGCAGCUAGUUAAGGCACCACAGGCAAUUCAAAGGAACACACUGAUCAUAUGAAUCAUGAUAUUUCCACAUGAAGCUGUGUGUGCAAUGGAUGCCGCGUUUCUUAACAAUUGUUCAAAAAGGCUCACGUGUCAAACUUUCAACUGAAAAUCUAACAUUGGUAACGCGUAAUUAGAAAGAAUUUUUGCAGCGGUUCGUUACAAUAGACGAAACAUGGAUCAACCACUACACUCCUGAGUACAACUGGCAGUCAAUCAUCCGGUAUUUAUUGAAAAUCGCCGACUUUCAGCAUGGCAAUAUAAUCCAUAAACAAUAUUAUUGUACAUUGCUCUUUUACCAAGACAAUACUCGCGCUAAUUUUGAUCGCGAUACGGUUGAUUAUUUGAAGGAAUUGCACUACAAACCUGUUCCCCAGAUUUGGCUCUGAGCGAUUAUUUCCUGUUUUCUCAUUCAAAAAUGUGGGUCUAUGACAAGCGAUUCCAUUCGAAUAAAGAGAUGAAAUUUGAAACGAACGAAUAUUUUGAAGGACUUGACACGAAAUGUUAGAGGGCUCUGUUUAUUUAACCAUAGUAACUUCAAUAUGAGCCGUUCGUCACUCUUAGAGGACUUUAGAUGAAGACUAUAUCGAAAAGUAAAACAGUUUUAUGAUAAAAAUUAUCGUCAAACAAUCUAAAAUCGAAAUUCUGAUUGACACUGAAACGGGUGCAGCAAACCAUUCGACUAGUUCACAAAUCUACAGAUGUAGUCAGCUAUUCACUAGUGAAUGUACUAAUUAAUUGACUGAUUCAAUUGAAUUGAGUUCAGUUACAGUUACAGAAAAAUCGACUAUUUGUCUUGUUACAUUUCCAUAAGCGUCUGUGCGAUAAGCGGUCUACGAAGUCAUCUCCUUCUAAAUCUGGGAAAAGCGGGUGAAAUUUGAAUGGGGAUACAGUUGAACGUCGACCGUCAUCCCCAUAGAAAAUCCUCCUGAUUUUUCACUCAAAGUCGCAACUUAUUGUAAUGUCUUCGAGAAGUCUUCACAACAUCAGAUGUCUUCACUCGAGCUCAAAUGUGUUCCAAAUAAAGACAUGUCUUCACAAUUGGUAUCCUGGUUCUGAUUUCGGAUUGAUAUAACUAUUUCGACUUUGGCUGUCAGGUUUCAACUCUAGAAUUAAAACCGUUGGUUAUGAGAAGGCCAUUAUGUCUUCAUGUCUUCGUGUGUGGAACUUUGAUCGAUUGUUUGUACCGCCAGCGCAUGGCUAGAGUAACAAUUUCUGGCGCUGUCUAUUCAGUGGAAGGUGAGAUUUUUCGCAUUAAAUCGUAAAGUGAAAAGAAACCCAACCUCAAAACUGUAUGGAAAAAGCCACAAUACCGAUUUACCUUAUACAAUCGGUUUUCAAUCCUAUUAGUAAAUUUAUCCUAUUACCAUAGAGUAACAGACGUAACACUGGAACCAAGCUCCAUCGCCACAAGAAAAACGUUCAUUUCAAAUUUUCAAUCGAAUAACAGUCAUCGCGCGAAAACGUCGUCUGGGGCGCUGUCAUGCAAUCUCAUACAAAUUUUGUAGUUCUUCAUUUGACACAUGCAGUAACGCUGGUGCUGAUGUCGAAAUACAUGACGCAGCGCUAACACGACAGUAGAUGGUGCUAGUGUUUCUAACGUAAAGUACUGGAAUCAUCCAAACGAUGAUUUUAUUGAAAAAUUGUUCAACGUGUUAUGUCUGUUAGUCUGUGCUAUUACCAUGUUGAAGAUCGAAAGCCUAAGGGUAAAACUCGUUAAAAGUUUAAAAUCAAAAUUUGAAAGUCGAAAACUCAAAGUCGGCUUUACAACAAAUUAAAGAUUAUUGUUAAAUAUCAAAAGUUAUUUAGGUCGAAAUAAGAGUGUCGAAGCUCUAUUGUUGUUGAUCGAGAAUCACUGUAAGUCGGUGUAAGGAAAUUGCCUGUCAAAAGUGGCAAUGCCCACAGUCUAAAACCGAUAGUCUUCAGUCAAUGCCGAAAUUUAAGCCUCGAGAGUCUAGGGCGGUCGAAAAUCGACAGUUUCAAAUCGGAUUUUUGUAAUCGUUUGUCUGAAAAUCAAUAGAGUCGGCAGAAAAAAGUCGACUGUUGGAAGUUGACAGUCGAAAGUCGACAAACAAGGAUCAAAAGGCGGAGGACAAAAUUCGAAAUCACAAUAAAAAUUUUUUGUUAAGUGUCCUAAAGCUAACAUACCAAGUAGAACAUUAAUCUGCAGCCGGCUUCGGACUGACAGCUGUUAGCUGUCGGUUUUGUUAGCUUUGGACUUCAGUUUCCGGACUGUGAAAUGACUAUUUAUUUGUGGGCUCCGAUUUUGACUUGGUAAACUAGUAAAUCUCGAUAGUCAGCUUUCGAUUUCAACCUUCGACUUCGAACUAAUGAGUUUUAAGUAAAGAAACUGUGAAUUAUCGCUCUUAAUCGUAAAUAGAAACAUUGUACAUUGUGGCUAGAGUGGUUUCCGUAAUAUUUGUUUCGUUUAAAUGCCGUAUAAUUUUGCGGUGCAUUAUAUCAUUAGUCUCUUUUCGUUUUACUCCUUCAAGAUCAAUACAACGAUACCACUUCGCGAGGCUUCACAUACCUCCUGAUUUACCGUAAUGAAGUUGCGUUGCAUACUUGGAAAUAGUUAGUCAUAAUCAUGAAAUAGAAUUGUUCGAUCUCCAUAUGUUUCGUAGACUCUUAAAAGCUACCCUAGUCUUUUUGAUCCUUGAACCCAUUUCUUCGUACCGCCGUCUGACGCUUUCAGGCUGCUGCGAUAUUGGAAGCUUUCGGUUUUCUCCUCUAAUUGCCCUGUUACAGUGAAGUUGGAAGGAUUGUCAAUGAUCACAUUCAACGAUCUGGUGUUGACGUUGAUAUUACUCAACAUAUCACAGCGCCGUUGUGUUAAUAUUGCAACGUCAACAGCCAAAUCGGUGUCGCUGAGGUGUCCACGGUUCGGAAAGCGAUCAAUUGCACUCACCCUGAUCUCGUUGAUAACAAUAAGGAACAGUAGCGGUGAUAAUAUACAACUUUGUCUCCAAUAGAGUCGAACAAGGCCCGUUUUGUAGAACUCUGUAUGAGAAAGCCUCGAAGGAGGACUCCUUUGCGUCUCAAGGCGCCCCACAGAUUUUCGUGGUUAAGUUGAUCGAAAGCUUUUUCGUAGUCUAUGAAUACCAAAGCUACGGAAUCUUGGAAUUCAUUGACCUGCUCCAGGGUAACGCGGAGCGUGACAAUAUUUUCCACACAGGAUCGUUCGGCACGGAAUCCUUCCUGCUGCCGUCGGAGAGUCGCGUCGAUCUUCUCUUGUUUCCAGCUAGGGUAAUUUUGUACAGGGCUUUGAGAACAGUGCACAUUAAAAUGAUACCUCGCCAAUCGUUACAUACAGUCAAAUCCCCCGUGCAUUCUUGCGGCUAGUACAGGGUUGGCCUGAAACAUCUCUGUUGAUAUGCGGUUGACCUCGUGAGCUUUGUUGGAUUUCAUGCGUCGAUCUUCUGCAGUGAAGGGGCCUCGGAGUUGACGUCGCACCCUCUGCGAAUCCCGACGAGAUACUGACGGCUGGUCGACUGUCGAAACAUGAAGAAUUUGUUCGAAGUGCUCGAACUAGUAUUUCAAAUGAUCAGUGGUGGUCGGUAAGUAACUCUCAGGCCCACGCUCGUUUGUCCAAUCUACAAGAGCAUUCAACUUUUCUCUUCAGAGCCGGGUAUUUUUGCCGGGCUUUGUUCUUGGCUCUUCGGGUUUUCGCCCGCUCCAUCGUGGCUUUUGCUUUUAUCCGUUCCUCUAGCUUCCAUCAGGUUCCAUCUGUGAUCCACCUUUUCCUCUGGAUGCGCAGCUGGCCCAGGCUAUUCUAGGUACUCUCGAUAAGGGCGUUCAGAAUAUCCCCUCCUCUGAUCUCUAGUUCGCCAACGAACGACCUCUUCACAGUUAGAUCUAGUCUGUUAUGUCGCCGUCCGAGCCUCUCCUUCCGGCGCUGAAUCUGCGCGAUGCGAAGUCGGACCUCGCCAAUCAGAAGAUGAUGAUAAGAUGCGAUGUCGGCGCAACGUUUAUUUCAGACAUUAAGAAGGCUCCAUCGUCCUUCGCCGACCUUCGCAUUGAAGUCGCCAGUGUAGAUCUGGAUGUCGCUUUCUGGAACCCUAUUCCCGAUGGCAUCCGGUUGACUAUAAAAGUUCUCGUUCUUCUGUUCAUGGUUAGGUUUCAAACCCGUGUUCUGAAUCUGGCCACGAUUAUCCUCUCAUUGAUAGGGGCUUACUUAACAGGCGGGAAGCCGACUCCAUGGUGACGGAGAUCAUUUUCUCCUCGUAUACCAGAGUACAAGAGUAUUUGGCCCGAUGGCAGCUCGUGUUCUCCGAAGUUUGACCAACGGACUUUGCUUAAUGCGUCGGGUCUCGCUGGCAAGUUGUGCCAGCGUUUCCUGCUGACCUAACGAUAGUUCAUUCCAAGUUCCAAAUCUUGUUCUUUGUCUCGCGUUUGAAGUCCUUGCAGUAAAAUUAGUCUGUAAUCUUUCUCUGUUGGUUACUGAAACAAUUCAAAGGUUUCGGUGACAGUAGGAGGUUAUCUGGUGUAGCUUCCGGGAGAGAGCAUUUUGUAUUUAGUCGCUGGAUACCAGUCAGAUGCUGUUUGAGCCGCAACUCCAAAAUAAACAGACGCUCGGGAACAGAAAGUAUAACUGAUGUUAGUAGGGCUGCGAAAAUUUGUUAUUCGUAACCGCUGAUGCAACACCGAACUGUCGCUUACAUAUUUGGUUGAGUGGUUGAGAGGGUUACGCCUCUGCGCUACCGACAGUAGAUGAGAUAUUCAUUGUUCAUAUUAAGUCAUCAGCCAAGUAUCGAAGCUAACAGAAUGCUAUAAUUUGAAAGCAGGCGAGUGAUUGAUUUUCGCCCGUUCUCUGUUUGUAGUAAGCCAAUAGGAAAACAAGCGAAUUGGGAAACGAGCUUGUGAUUGGAAUUGCAAAACAAGACUAAAAACAGUGAUUUUCAACUCAACUUUUCACUACUUGGCUUUGCAAAAAUAUAUCGGAAGAAGGGCAGCCUCCACAAUUUGUUUAGUGCACAGUGGUAAGAGAGCUAAAAAUCGUGAACUUUUUUCAUUUACUAUCCAAAUACUGGUUUUAUAUUCAGAAAAAAUUUAGUAUUUAAAAAGCCUCAAAGAAUGAAAAUAAACUUAGAUCAUAACUCCGCCGCAAGUGGCGCUGUAAAAUCUAACUUUUCAGUCUUGCACUUUGACAAUUGGUGCCUUUACCAAAGUUGUAGAUAGUGUCGUCACAAAAAAACUCCAACUCUGCCGGAGACAUUUUUCUUCCAACUCUUCUGGUUUCGGAGAUAUAAUGUUUUAUGUAGGGCUAGUUUUAGAAAUUAGGUUUUUUAUGUGUCAAAAAAACUGUAGCAUUUAGAAAGCAACAAUGGACAGGAUAUAUUUGUAUAUCAUCAAAACACACACUUGGUAGAAGGCACAGUAAAAAUAGCUUCAACACAGGCUAUCUAGUUGCCGAAAAAUGUAAAAAAUAUGCAAUUUAAAAACAAUAUAAGACAAUAAAGAUACUGGAAGGGACGAAUAUCUCUAUAAAUUUCGUCGAGUAAUAAUCGAGUCGAGUAAUAAUAAAUAAUAAUCUAUUAUAUGCAGGUUUCGUCUGCUAGUUUUUGUCGAGCUGUAAUCUGGGGAUGCAUAAAAAAUGAUACUUAUUUUACAUAUUUUGGCAAUAACUCGGCCUUCGUAGAAGCUAUCUUUUUUGUCUCUUCUACAAAGUUGUGUGUUUCGAUGGUAUACAACUAUAUGCCGAACAUUGUUGCUUCCUAAAAGCUACAGUUUUUUUAGAAAUUUACAAAAAGUAACAAUUCAAGAGCUAGUCUAAAUUAAAAUGUUAUAUCUCCAAAAUAAAUGGAGUUAGAAGAAAAAUUUCUUCGGCAAAGUUAUCAUAAUCAUUUCUCUAAAGUGCAAGACUUAAAAGUUAGAUUUUGUAGCGCCACUAGCGGUAGAUUUCCUAACGAAAAUUUUCUGUCAUUCAAUGAGGCUUUUAAUAUAAUAAAUAUCUUCUGAAGAAAGUAUGUCAAUAAAAUCAGUAUUUGGAGAGUAAAUGAAGCACUGUGCAGUGAUAGUAAAAUAUUAUGCGUUGAAUGAGGUUACAGUUUCAAUUAACUUUUCACAUUUCAAAUAACCUUGAAAGUAAGACAUAGUCCUGCUUCAAAAAGAAAAAGAUUCCCAAACGAGAGAUCAAAAUAAGGGCCAACAAAUGAUGAGUCGAGACUGGUGAAAAUACGCUUCUGAAGGCAACAAAGGGUUAUAGAAACCAGCACAAUUUGAGUCAAAAUGGCGAAAAACGCCUAAACAUUCCAGCAACGGUCACAUAAGACGAUGAAAACAGCUUCUGAAGAGAUGAAAAGUCUGGAGAAAGGCUCUAAAUUGCGCUCAGAAUCAGGAGCAGACUUGCGAGGAUGCAAAAGAGUCAACAGAAAAUGAUCUCGAAAUGAGCAAAGAAUGGCAGAAAGUAUUUAAAGGGGAGAAGCCAAGAAAACCAAUAACCUCGAAUUGAGCAAAGCAAAGCUUGCAUAGGCCAGAAAACAGUAAAAAAAUUAACUGAACAUCUAAAAUGAGUUCGGAAUGGUGAAAAAAAAUUAACCCGAAUCAAGCUCGAAAUGCCACGAAAAUUACUCCAAAUUAAGAUUAGAAAAGCGAAAAAUGUUCCAAAAGGGUUGUGUCAAGGGACAAGACAGCCGUUCUGCACUCUGGUGGAACAGUUUCACAGAGAGUAACUCAGACUCAUUCCCGUUUUGAAGUUCAUAACUAUAGAAAGAUUCAUCGAAAUCUAGAAAGAACUCUAUCUGAACAACACAAGCUUGCUGAUGAUUGUCGCGUUUUUGCUGUCCUGCCCCUCGGUUUAUGGCAGUCAUUUCUAAAUUGUUCCAUCACGUAUUUCUAGUACGUUUAAAACAUAAAACAAAAAUUGUCUGUUUCUGCUCUGAGAUUAUUUUCACCUGGAAUGGACUUCCGAUACCAUUUAUUCCACAAUUAAAAUGUCAAACUAAUAGAAAUCAGCUAUCAGGUGGGGUAUGAUAACGGAAAAACAUCAAAAUUGGUGAGGAUAUGCUCCUCAAAUGGAGGAAGCACAAAGUCAGCUGAUAAAGAACUUUUCUUAGAGGAAAAAUCAGCUAAUUGAAAUCUUCUUUUGAAGUAUAUAAUGUCGAAACUUUGGGAUGUUUUGAUUCUGUGCUGCGUUUUCUCACACAAGAAAAAUAUAUGAGUUUGAUUAUCAAAGAAUUCGACAAGCAGUGGAACCGGUAAUAAAAACAGAGUAUAAUUUUCAGCUUCCGCCUACAGAUUCUCAACUAAGAUAAUGCUCAAAACCAGCAUCGGGUGACACUUCGCAACGAGGGGCAUACCAGCGCUGGUUUCUGAUAUAAGAGAUCUUCAGAGUUACUGAGAUUUAUCUCAUGAUUUUAUGAUAGAAACUAAUAAGUGGUGGAGCAAUGAUAAAGUUACUCCAAAUUUCGCAAUCGUGCUCAAAUUUCGGCUGGUUUACUACCCUUACUCGUCCCUUUGCUUCAAAGCGUGUUACAAACACGUAACAAUAAAAAUUAUUUAUUAACACUAACUUGCCGCUGCUGGCAGCUGGGAGUGUCCUUCGGUAACCAGCAUCAGCAGUAGCACACAAAAUUGUGCUGAAUAAAAGAUGUCCAAUAAAACAUUCCGGAUAUGUGUUAUUGUUAUUGUUGUGUACAAGUUUUUUGUGUCCUCAUACACACUGUGUCACGGAGUGCGUUUUACGAAUGACGGCGGUAAAUUUGACAGAUAGAUAGCUGCGCGCAAAAAAAAAAACGGAAGGGUAAUUCAGUACCCCAAAAUAUCGGCUACCAUUUCUCUACACGCGAAGAAAUAAAUCAAACUUAGCACACAUAACCUCGAUGAAUAAUCUAAACAUUACCGGACUGUCCGGACUCUGGUGGGUAAUUUCUCACUGACGAGAAGAGGAAACUUUUUUUUCUCUACCACCUUUGGUUGCAAUUGAUAGAAAUCAUUUCUUCUGGUUUUUUUCGGGAACGACAGGUCGUGGUAAGGAAGGGGUGAGCGCGUGGGUACUGAGAAAGCCGGCAAAUGAUCAAAGGUAGCCAGACAGGCGUCGGGAAGCUCGAUAAACUGAAUCGAUAAACAAAGCAGUCGGGGCGGGCGAUGAUUGGGUGCGUAAAGUUGAAGCAAACUGCAAUAAAACCAAGCAAGAUAAUUUAGUACAUUUGAUUACGCAAACACACAUACCUAGAUACACACACAAACGUUCAGAUAAAUAAACCUGGCAAAACAACAACCAAAUGAGUAAACAAUUGCAGCCGGUAAAUAGUAGAAAAGAUAGGUUAGAGACAAGUCGAACGAGCAGAACAAGGUGCUGUGUACUUGCACAGAGAAAAAACUUCGUUUUAAAACUAUGGUAAUUAAAACUUUUUCCUGGAAGCAGCAGACGGGAGGCGAACGUUGCAUACAUUGAUUAGCAGCAGUAAGCAAAGUUUACAUUCACCCAAACACCCCCACAGGAAUAAUAUAAAAAAACAACUACGAAAGCAGUAGCGUGUACCACCAGGAAAACAAUAUAUAUAAAACGUUAGAAGGCAGAAAGUUUAUCCCUAAUAAGCUUAAAAAACACACACACUCACACUCUUGAAUAAGCGGAGAGAGUUCUGAAGUAGAAUUAAAUGUGAAACUAAAACAAAAACAAGAAUCCCAUUAAAAGCAAACCCGAAAAUACAGACACACACACAAGCGAAGAAAAAAAAACAGAACGGUAUUAUGAUAUAUAUUAAAAACUAGCGAACAUAUGAAUCAAGAUUAAAAGAAAAUAUUAUCUGACGAUUUUAGCUAUAGAGAAUAUUGGAUAAAAAUUCAAACUAUCUUUAAGCUACCGACUAGGUGGGGGAAAAAGUACGAGGACACGGAAGCAAAUAAAAAAAAUCAUAAAUAUUUAAAGUAUUCUGAUACCUUAGAAGAAGAAAAAAAAAAACAAGAAAAAAAGAAACUCAUCUAGGCAAUGUAACUUUUGACAAGCAAGCAAAUCAGUCGAAUGAUAGGAUGGGCCACGGUAGCGUGGCCGGGAUGUGGACGCAAUUCAUGCGACGUGAUGAUGAAAAUAAACUUUAAUUACAAUUUCACCCGGUGAAGGGAAGCAAGCAGCAGCAAAUCAUGCGAACACAAAAUGAGAAUAAAGCUAAUACCAUUAAAACUGAAGAA